AGUUUGUCCAGCGCCCCCUCUUAUCCCCUUCCCGCCAUCCCGCCAUCCCCGCCCACCGCCCCGUGGCGCUGGCUGUGCCUGGUGGCAGCACCGCGCCCGAGCCCGAAGCCGCCACCGCUGCAGCUAGUCCACGCCGCCACCGCUGCAGCUAGUCCACGCCGCCGCCGCUCGACGGCCAGCCCUAGGUCAGGGGACGCCGCCCCCACCACUCCAGUCUGAGGUUUCCGGGGGACGCGCCCACGUCGCCCGAUUUCAGGGCUUGGCGCCGCCGCCACCGGCCGAGUCCAGGACUCCAGAGAUUCCCCACCUCAGGCCUACUGAAUACAAAAGAUCAAGGUUGUCUAGGAAACACACGGCUGUGAACCGUCCCUGUGGUGGAGUGCUCUCUGGAACUGCAGUGAGAGAAACUCAGAAGGAGGGCGAGCCCUCGAGGGUGCCGUAGCUUACAUCAGUUUGCGUGUGCUUUACGGCGGAAAGGCUGCAUAUUUAUUGGCUGGAUUUUGUUCAUCUCCGAGCUCCAAAUUCUAAUGCUCUUAGCGUCUAAACCACUUCUCGCCCCGACCUCCCUUAUUGCCAUGGCGAUUCGGCUACCGCCACAUGUACCAGCCCACUACACCCCACCUCACCCGCGAACACCACCAUUCCGCUCCGUCGUGCGAGCGGCUCCUUCUCCUUCCACCACCGCAACGGCCGUCUCAUUGCCGCCAUCUCCCAAGAAGGUUCUUGUUCCCAUUGCCAUGGGCACAGAGGAAAUGGAGGCAGUCAUCCUAGCCGGCGUCCUCAGGCGAGCCGGUGCUGACGUAACACUGGCCUCUGUGGAGGACGGCCUCGAGGUCAAGGCUUCCUAUGGGACGCGCAUAAUCGCAGACAAGUCCAUUGCAGCAUGCGCCGACCAGGUGUUCGACCUCGUGGCUCUCCCGGGGGGAAUGCCUGGUUCAGUGAGGUUGAGAGACAACGAGAUCCUUCAGAGAAUUAUGGUUAGACAAGCUGAAGAGAAAAGAUUGCAUGGUGCUAUAUGUGCUGCACCAGCUGUUGUUCUCAUGCCCUGGGGUCUUCACAAGGGAAGAAAGAUCACCUGUCACCCGUCCUUCAUAGGAGAUCUUUCAACAUUCCGAGCUGUUGAGUCAAAUGUUCAGGUUUCAGGAGAGCUCACUACUAGUCGUGGUCCUGGGACAGCAUUUCAGUUUGCUUUAUCAUUUGUCGAGCAAUUGUUUGGGCCUCAUGCUGUUGAAGAUGUGGACAGUACUUUGAUUGAUGCUGGUCUUGAAAGAAGUACAGAAGUCAACAGAGUUGAGUGGCCUUUUGAUCACAAACCUCAGGUUCUCAUUCCAAUUGCAAAUGGGUCUGAGGAGAUGGAGAUCAUAAUGCUGGUGGAUAUUUUAAGACGGGCAAACCUGAAUGUGGUGUUGGCAUCAGUUGACGAGUCCACAAAUAUUGUUGGGUCUCAAAGAUUGAACAUUGUUGCUGAUAAAUGCAUAUUGGGUGCUUCUGAUUCCAAAUAUGAUAUAAUCAUUAUUCCUGGGGGACCUGCCGGAGCUGAGCGUCUUCACAGGUCUACAACUCUUCAGAGGCUACUCAAGGAACAGAAGCAAGAAAGCAGGAUGUAUGGUGGGAUCGGUUAUUCUCCACUGAUAUUGCAGAAGCAAGGUUUACUCCAGGAUAAAACGGCGACAGCUCAUCCUUCCAUAGUCAAUCAGCUCACUUGCCAGGUCAUUGACCGAUCAAAGGUUGUGAUUGAUGGAAAUUUGAUUACUGGGAAGGGACUCGGAACAACCAUGGAUUUUUCCCUGGCCAUUGUAAGAAAAUUCUUUGGCCAUGGGCGAGCAAAAGGUGUUGCAAAUGGAAUGGUUUUUGACUACACCAAGAGCAGUCACUGUUAGCUAUGCUCAAAAUUUGAGGUGACUGCCAAUGUCCACUAAAUAUGUUGGGAUGAACCACAACUGCAUUGGGAAAAUUCAGUUGGGGUCAGUUCAUCUCGAGAUGUUCUGCGCCGAUGCGGCAUCAUGGGCCGCGCGCUCCAUGUGCGAGGGUGCGCCGGACCUCCCCGGCGGGCGGCUCCAAGUAUGGCAGCAGCGUCGUGCGUGAGUUGGCGCUGGACCCGUUGCGGGACAACACUAGACAACAUAUAGGCACUAUGUUGACAGGUUUGUUUUCAACUUCUGGGCAAUCUGCUUCCGUACGCUUUCCUGAAUAUCGAAGUGCAUGACCUGCAAACAUGACGAUACAGCAAGCAAAUUAUAAUUUUGCUUCGUGACUGGACGAGCUUAUGUUAUGUUUGCUGUCAGAAUUUUGAAAUGCCAAUACUGAACACUGCCAAAAAUUGUACUCCCUCUGUAAGCUUUUAUAAGACAGUCGAUGAAAAAAGAAGGGUGAAAAAACACAUUUGGUAAUGCA